AUGCGAAGUUUUGGCACUCUUCUUCUUUUCUGUUGCACCUAUUGGGUAUGGACUUCACAAUAUACGACUGUCGUAGCAGAUGAGAGCAGAGUAGCCUCCGUUGGUGAAGAAUUGAAUCAUCUAUUAACAUCCAGCAGCAAUGGAUUGAUAACGAAUAGUCCAUCUGCUCUCUCAUCUACACCAAAUAGAGCACACCAACAACAAAUUACCAAGAGUCAUCAAACCCCCUAUGGCACUACACCAAAUUAUGUCCAGUUCAGACAAACUGACGCACUUAGUAGUGACCAGUCGACGACAAUGGACAAAACACUCACAGAGACACAGAUAAAAUUCCUCACUCCCACGGUUAGUGUUACUGAGGUCAAGGAGCAUAGCCAAACUGUCACACCCACAGUUAGUGUUACUGAG